CUCCCUACAGGUAUCCGAGGAAGCUUUGUUCUGCCUCUAACGCUGACUUGGGAGUUUGGACGGAAAUUGACGGUCAAGGAUGGAGCUUCGUGUGAUAUGGAGCUUUCUGGUGAUCAUCGGAUUGUUAAAGCAAGCCGCUGGACAAAAUAUGUCUGUGGAUCACUUUUAUCCCUUUGGACUGCAUAACGGAGACUCCGUGACAGCGAAAUCUGAUGAUGGUGGUUCACCCAAAAUAUUCCUCUCAUCCAGCUUCUCAUUUUUUGGACAGUGGAUCUCUUCUCUCUACGUGAACAACAAUGGGAUAAUUUCACUCCAAGGGUCUGUCGGACAAUUCACACCUUCUCCGUUUCCCCUUGCUGACAACCGCUCAUUGAUCGCUCCAUUCUGGGCUGAUGUUAACAAUGCAAUUGCUGGUGAAAUUUACUUCAAUGAAAGCACAGAGGAGAGUGUCUUGCAGAGAGCCUCGGAGGACAUAGACAACUACUUUCCUGGCCUCAAUACCAGUGCACACUGGGUCUUUGUGGCGACCUGGGACCAUGUGGCUUACUUCGGAUCCAGUUCCCAAAAGAGGAACACAUUCCAGGCUGUCCUGAUUCAAUCCGGCUCACAUUCCUUCAUCAUAUUUAACUACGGAGACAUUGAGUGGACUACAGGCACAGCCGGUGGUGGGAAUGGAAACACAGGACUGGGCGGAACUCCAGCAGUGGUUGGGUUUAACAGCGCCAAUGGUUCCCUGUCUUACUUCACUGUGCCUGCGUCUGGAACAGACGAGAUUGUGAAUAUUGAGUUGACCAGCAAUGUGGGAGAGCCAGGACGCUGGGUCUUCAGGACAGAUGACCUUGAUGUGCCUGGAGGCUGUACCUACGAAGGACGCUUUGUUCCACGCGGAGACGCGUUCUGGAUGGACAGCUCAUGCCGGACCAGGUGCACCUGCGAGCCGACGGACUCGCUGCGGUGCGAGCAGCAGGCGUGCGCAGCCUUCGAAGUCUGCAACCCGCUCGGCGCCUUCUACGCGUGCGAGCCGAGCCGCAGGCGGACCUGCACGGUGUCCGGGGACCCUCACUACUACACCUUCGACGGCGCUCUCUUCCACUUCCAGGGCACGUGCACCUACGUGCUCUCCGAGCUGUGCAGAAACAGCACCGGGCUGCCCUCCUACCGCGUGGAGGUGCAGAACGAGAACCGGGGCAACACGGCGGUGGCCUGGACCAGGCUGGUCCGGCUCAGCUUCGGCAACGCCAAGAUCACCAUGGUCAAGGGAGCCACCGACCGGGUGAUGAGAAUACAGCCCUGGUUUAUUCUCCCGGGGCGGAUGAAGGAGCGCGAUCAUUUACUGAUUAUUAUUGCAUUGCAGGUGGACGGGGUGUUCAGGCUGAUCCCACUCCAGGUGAGCACCACGGCCGGGCAGAUCCGGGUCCGAGCCCACGGUUUCACUGUCACGGCGAGCACGGACUCCGGGCUGGAGGUGAGCUACGACGGUUCGCACACGGCCACCGUCUCGCUCACCGACCGCUACCGAAACAACACGUGCGGUCUGUGCGGCAACAUGAACGGCGACCGCUCGGACGAGUUUCGGACGCCCGAAGGAACACAGGUGGACUCCUCGGCGGAGUUCGCCAUCAGCUGGAAAGCUGAUGGGAACGGGACGCGGUGCCAGGAUCACGUGCCGGAAACCGUCUGCAGCCCCGAGGAGCAGCUCGAGUACCGGGCGGGCGGUUCCUGCGGUUUAAUGAGCCGCCUGGACGGCCCCUUUGCUGCCUGUGCUGGCGUCUUGCCAGCUGUCAGCUUCAUAGACAGCUGCGUGUUUGACCUGUGCGCCACGGGCGGGUCACAGCGAACCCUGUGCCAAGCCGUGACCGCGUUCGCCACCCGCUGCCAAGACGCCGGGGUCCCUCCCAACGCCUGGAGAAGGGACGACUUCUGCGAGAUCCAGUGUCCUCCGCACAGUCAUUACGAGGCGUGCGGUACCGCCUGCCCGGCGAGCUGUGCCCACUCCACCGACCCCCUGUUCUGUGCCCUGGCCUGCGUGGAGAGCUGCCAGUGCGACAGCGGAUACAUCCUGAGCGGGGGAGACUGUGUGCCCAGACAUCAGUGCGGCUGCUCUUUCCUGGGCUCCUAUUACAGAACAGGAGACCAACUGGUGACCGACACCUGCAGCCGCAGGUGCACCUGCCCGGGAGGAGGUCUCCCAAUGACGUGUCAGAACAUCACGUGCAACGAACACCAGGAAUGCGCCAUCCGCCAUGGAGUGCGUGACUGCCACACUAUCCGGACUGCCACCUGCUCUGCCUCUGGAGACCCGCAUUACCGCACCUUCGAUGGGCUACCGUUUGACUUCCAGGGCACCUGCCGCUACACGCUGAGCGAGCUGUGCGCCCCUGCGGCAGAUCUGACUGCUUUCCGCGUGACCGUGGAGAACGAGCGGCGAGGAUCGACCGCUGUUUCCUGGACCCGGCAGGUCCGCGUCCUGGUGUACGGUUAUCAGGUGCAGAUGACGAGAGGCGAGCGCGGCAGCGUUCAGGUUGAUGGAAUAAGACAGAACCUCCCGGUGACCUUGGCAUCUGGUAAUAUCAGGGUUCACCACAGCGGAUCAGCCGCAGUGCUGGAAACGGACCUCGGGCUGCGGGUCUCCUACGACUGGUCUCACUAUGUGACGGUGACUGUGCCGGGCACCUAUAUGGGCUCUCUGUGUGGCUUGUGCGGCAAUUUCAACGGCAAUGUGACAGAUGAGUUCAAGUCUGCAAGCGGGGAGAUGGUUAGCAGCCCCGUACUCUUUGGGAAUAGCUGGAAACAUGGGAACGAAUCUUGCCCCGAGGAACCUGAGCUCCCUAGCCCUCAAUGCACGUCAGAGCAGAGAGCUCUCUACAGCUCGGAGCAGUACUGUGGUGCCCUCAUCAACGCAACUGGCCCCUUCCAGCACUGCCAAUCCUCCAUGCCCUCGCUGUCUGCCUUCGAAAACUGUGUGUUUGACCUGUGUGCCAGCGGAGAAGCCCUGAGUCUGUGCCAGGCGCUGGGAGCUUACGCUCUGGAAUGUCAGGGCAGAGGAAUCGGCAUCAGCGACUGGAGGAACAGCACAGGCUGUGGUCUGGAAUGCCAAGAGAACAGUGACUACCAAGUGUGUGGUACCAGUUGCCCGGCCUCGUGCUCCCGGCCCGGUUUCCCGGCAGAUUGCGGCACGCCGUGCCAGGAGGGCUGCCAGUGCCUGGACGGUUACGUGCUGAGCGCUGGACGGUGCGUGCCACCGGCCCAGUGCGGCUGCCUGCACCGCGGCCAGUAUCGGACGCCGGGCGAGAGUUUCUGGGAGGACGAGGCGUGUCGGAGCCGGUGCGUGUGCGAGCCGGGCAGCGGGCGUGUGCGGUGUCGGGCCGACGCCUGCCAGGAGCACGAGGCGUGCCGUGUGGUCAACGGGCGCAGACGGUGCGUCCCCUCGGCAGCCGUCUGCGUGGCCACGGGAGAUCCCCACUACCGCACGUUCGAUGGGCGGCGGUACGACUUCCAGGGAGCCUGCACGUACGUGCUGGUCACGGCGUGCCGGGGGGCUCGGGAUGCGCCCCAAUUCCGGGUAGAAACGCACAACCGGGAGAUACCUGGCAGGAGCGUGGCCCUGGUGGAUCGAGUCGCUGUCGUCGUCUAUGGGCACGAGAUUCUUCUGUCCAGAGACUCGCUCGGCCGUGUCAAGGUGGACGGUCUGUAUGCGAAUCUCCCCUGGAGUCGGGCCGAGGGUGGACUGACGGUGUUUCGCGCUGGUCUGUACACUCACGUGCGGACUGACUUUGGCCUGGAGGUCGGAUACGAUUUGCGUCACCACGUGUGGGUGUCUCUGCACCGCCGGUUUGCCGGCCGGACCUGCGGGUUGUGUGGCAACUACAACGGGCUGCCAGCCGACGAUUACAUCACCCCCAACGGCACCCUGGUCAGCAGUCUCCACGCCUUCGCCUCCUCCUGGAAGGCCAACGUGACAGAGCAGUGUGAGCAUGGCUGUCAGGGUGGUUCCUGCCCCGUGUGUGAGCACCCCCAAACUUACUCCGGCUCGCAGUUCUGUGGGAUUAUCAGCCAUGCCAACGGACCCUUCGCGGCUUGUCUCUCCCGGCUGGAUCCUGCCCCGUACCUACAGGACUGUGUGUAUGACGUGUGCUUGGCUCAGGGUGAUCGUGAGACUCUCUGCCAGUCCCUCCAGGCCUUUGCCAGUGCCUGCCAGGCCCUCAAUGUGUCCCUGUCACCGUGGAGGAACGACUCCUUCUGUGGUGUGGCCUGUCCUGAGAACAGUCACUAUGAGGUGUGCGGCGAGCGCGACAUUAAUAGGUGUGUCAGUCUCCCCACGAACACCUCCUCUGCUCCCUGUGCCGAGGGCUGCUUCUGUGACCAUGGCUUCAGGUUGAGUGGAGAGCAUUGUGUGCCCUCCACAGACUGUGGCUGUGUGCACAACGGCCUAUACCUGCAGAUGGGACAGUCGGUGCUGAACCAGGCAUGUACGGAGCGUUGUCAGUGUCACGCCGGAGGUGCGGUGGAAUGCGUGCCAUUGCUGUGUAAUGCUGGCCAGGAGUGCGGAAUAAGGAAUGGCCAAAUGGGCUGCCAUGACACCUUCUCCAUCUGCGUGGUGACUGGCGACCCCCACUACUUCAGCUAUGAUGGGGCCCUCACCCACUUCCAGGGCACGUGUGAGUACCAGGUGUCUGCCGUGUGCCACAACCUCACAUUACCAUGGUUUCGCAUCACCACCGAGAACCGCAACCGUGGAAACAGUCUCGUCUCCUUCAUCUACCGUGUCCACGUCUACCUGACUGGCCUUCACCUGCAGAUCACAGGCCGGGCUGUCACGGUGGGGGGGCAGCCUGUGUCAUUGCCCGCCUUUCCCUCCUUGGGGGUGUCGGUGUUGGUGAGGGAUGGGACUGUGGUGGUGCAAGUGGGUGAUAACCUGGAGGUACGUUAUGAUGGAGCGAGCACUUUGCUGUUGCGGGUGGCUCAGAGCUAUGCGGGGACGCUGUGUGGGCUGUGCGGCAACUUCAAUGGCAACCCGGCUGAUGACAAGCUCCUGCCAGACGGACAACCCGCCAGCAAUGAUACCCACCUCGGCAACUCCUGGAGAGCAGAGGGCGGCAGCUCCCAAUGUGAAGAGGCAGAGAGCAGAGAGAGUGAGUGCACAGAUCCCCCACCUGGCCACCGGCACCCACUCUGUGACGUGCUGACGGCAGACCCCGGACCCUUCGCCCAGUGCCAUUGGCAGGUGGACCCACGACAUUACUACACGUCUUGUGUGUUUGACACGUGUGCCUAUGGCAUGGACCGCCUGACCCUGUGCCGUGCUGUGGGCGCCUACGCCGCUGCGUGCGCUCUACACGGCUUCCAGGUCUCCAGCUGGAGGAACGCCACCGACUGCCCUGAGACUGACCCAUGCGAUGCCAUGAACUGCACUGAGGACGAGUGGUGUGGUGACAGACAAGGGCUGAUCGGCUGUUACUGUGCUCACACUCACAAUGAGACCCAGCUCCGCACCUUCGACUAUCAGCUCUCCUGCAAUGGCAAUAACAGCAGUGUUUCCAUCUCUCGCUGUCUUCUGUUCACUGCUGGUUUCCCAGCAAAUGUCUUGCACCUCAAUGACCCGGAGUGUACCGGACACCUAUCCCAUGGGAGGCUACAAUUCAACUUCGAAAGUAACACUAGAGCGUGUGGCAACAGACUCCAAGUGAACAGCACACACUUCACUUACUCAAACACUAUCCAGGGCACAGUCAAUGAGAACAUUGGGGGAGUCAUCACCCGGGAACGCAAGAUCUCCUUGCACCUUGCCUGCGAAUAUCCUCUCUCCAUCAACCUGUCCAGCCCGAACAUCACCCAUGUGGAGAGCACAGUGACGGGGACUUUACCAUCAGGACAAGGUACCUAUGAGGGCCGGAUGAUACUGUACGAGGACUCGAGGUACAGCCAGCAAUUCUCAAAGAGUCCCAUCGUCCUGACCUUGAACGAAAGGGUGUACGUGGGAAUUGCGAUCUCUGGGGUGGACAGUGAUCGCUUUGUACUGACCAUGUCAAAUUGCUGGGCUACACCCACCACUGACCCAUUCAACCCAAUCAAGUGGAACCUCAUUACCAACCGGUGUGUGAAUUCCGUUGACGGCACGGUGAACAUGGAUGAGGAUGGCGUGUCUACUGUCGGCCGCUUUUCCUUUAACGUCUUCAAGUUCAUCGAAGAUUCUGCAACGAUUUACCUGCACUGUCAGGUUCAGCUGUGCGACAUCUUGACUUCCCAGUGCUCUGUGGACUGCACUGAGAAAAGCGUCCGUAGCGCAAAGAAUUUGGAUUCUGCCUUGUUACUGACCUCCACGCAGAUCUUAAAACAGUCAACAGGAAACACAGACCUGUCGGUGGGCAGCGGUUGUGGGCAUCUCUCUGUCCUGUCCACGCUCUGGGCUGUGCUCACUCUCUGCGUUGCCAUGUUCAUGAUGUGAAGAGCCAUGUUUUAAAACUUGUGGUCUCUUUCACUGGGUGAAGGGAAUGGGAAGGGUUUGGUAACUAUAUAUAAAUCAACUCUUUAUCGUAUUUCGGUGAUAUGUUUUCCUAUGAUAAGAUCUCCAUCCGGUUUUGUCGAUCAGCCGCAGACAAAACAAUAAAUUAUAUUUGUACAGCACGUUUCAAACAUCAGGAGCACAGGAGAUCAUUCCAAGGUUCUGGAUGGUCAGGGGAGUGGACCUGAGCAGGAGGUUGGGAUCAGAGUGAUGGAGGGCAGGGCGGUAGAGGAUGAGAAGAAGAGGGUCUUGGGAAUGAGGCAAAGGAGGGUUGAUGUGAAUGGACAGUGGGAUGGAGUUCCAGAGAGUGAGGCAGAGAGGUUGAAGGCCAACGGUGCAGCGGGCAGGGUGGAGCAGGCCUUCAGCGGAGGGAGAGGACAAGUCUCUCUGGAGCUAAAGCCAGAGCAAGAGGGAGUCCCACACAGGUCUAACCUCUCCUCUCUGGUGUGAAGUAACUUCUCUCUCCCCCAAGAGAGCGUUCACUUAACCUGAGAGUGGUUCGGCCCAUGCUGGCGAGAACAGAGGCUUGGGCGGACCACAGGGUAUGUGUUUUUGGGGGGAGGCAAAUUCUGGAGGUUAACCAACUGAAAAAAAUAUUUGGUCCUCUCCCCACCGUUGGUAAGGUUCCCGCUGCUUGUCAAUCAGGGCUUUGGCUCAGGAGCCGAGUGAGCGGUCUGCUCGCCUCUCAAUCCUGCUGACCAGGACAGACCAUAUCUGGGAGAAAUGCAGCCUCGCCUGGGCUCAGGGCAAUCGAGAGAGUGAAAGAGAGACAUAGUGAGAGAGAGACAGAAAGGCAUAGAGAGACAGAGAGAGAGAGAGAGAGAGAGAGAGAGAGAGAGACGUGGAAAGGUGGAGAUAGAGCGAGACAGACAGAGAGAAAGAUAGAGAGAAAGAGACAGAUUCGGUGUGUGUGUGUGUGUGUGUGUAUGUAUAUGGGGUGGGGGCGCUGGUGUCUGUUCUGAUCUGUAGACAGUCGUGUACAAAUUAUAAUCUGUGAAUCUAUUAAAAAAAAUCUUAUUUCCUGUG